AUGCGCAAUGGCAGGUUACAAGACGGGCCGAAGGAGCCGAUGUUUUUUUGAGGGGUGUCCGAAAACGCAGGAAGGCGUCGUAAUCCUUUGAAGAUGUGUUCGCCAUGGUCGACCGCCGUGUAAUUUUGAAGACCGACCCCGCCAAAUUGUGCUCCGACAUCGCGCCGACAGAUGGGCUCUGCAAGUAAAUGAAAUUGCCGAGGCGGCAUCGUCCACCUGACAUCAUUCGCAGGCAUCGACAGCAGGCAUGAGCACGUCCAGCUCAAGCACGACCGCGUCGUCGGCGGUGCCGUUGACGUCCAGCCUGCCGACGCUCCUGAUGUCGAUGAACGUGACGGAGAAUGCAACACAAGUGCUGGAGGAGCUCCCGCCGACCUUCCUGCAGACGACGGGGGCCCAGGCCAUCUCGGGGGCCUUUGUGUGGACCGCCCUGAUCAUCACCUGCCACCAGAUCUACCAACACCUGCGGUUCUACACACUUCCGUCGGAGCAACGCUGGAUUGUGCGCAUCCUGUUCAUAGUGCCCAUCUAUGCGUUCGACUCGUGGCUCAGUCUGCUCUUCUUCCGGGAGAACUACUACAUCUACUUCAACAGUGUGCGGGACUGGUACGAAGCGUUUGUGAUCUACAACUUCCUGAGCCUGUGUUACGAGUACCUAGGCGGAGAGAGCAACAUCAUGUCGGAGAUACGGGGGAAGCCAAUCCAGCAGAGCUUCUGGUAUGGGACGUGUUGCCUGACGGGCAAGACGUACACGAUUGGCUUCCUCCGCUUCUGCAAGCAGGCGACGCUGCAGUUCUGCGCUGUAAAACCGCUCAUGUCGGUCAUCACCCUGAUCUUGCAGCCCUUCGGCAAGUACUCGGACGGUGACUGGAGACCAGACAGUGGUUACCUGUACAUCACCAUCAUCUACAACAUCAGCGUGUCGCUGGCCCUCUACGGACUGGUGCUCUUCUACUUUGCCACCAAAGACUUGCUGGCACCCUUCGACCCCGUCUGGAAGUUUUGCACCGUCAAGUCUGUCAUCUUCCUCUCCUUCUGGCAAGGAGUGCUGCUGGCGGUGCUGGAGAAGGCGGGCCUCAUCUCGGCCAUCUAUGCGGCCAGCGGGGCCCCCGCCGACCCCGCGGUGGCGAGCGCGGGCACGGUGUCGGCGGCCUACCAGAACUUCCUCAUCUGCGUGGAGAUGUUCUUUGCCUCGCUGGCCCUCAAGUACGCCUUCCCUUACCGGGUCUACGUGCAGGGCUGCAGGGCGGACGCCCAAGGACGUUCAGUCACCAUGCAGAGCAUCUCCUCCAGUCUCAAGGAGACGAUGAACCCCAAGGACAUAAUGAACGACGCCAUCCACAACUUCCACCCGCAGUACCAGCAGUACACGCAGUACGCGGCCCCGACGGCCCGCCACCCCCACCACCCGCACCAGCCGUCCUUGCAGGAGGACGCCCCCCGGGGGGAGGGAGGGGGAGGGGUCGGCUCGAGGGCCGGGCACGGCAACGGCGCCUCGGCUGCGGCCCCCGGGGCCCCCAACGGGAGGGGCCGCCGAAACCCCGCCUACAACGAGAAGACCACUCUCCUUAGCUCCGACGACGAGUUCCAAAUGAUGCAGCGCGGGAACGACGCUUGCCGCUUCUAACCAAAGUCGGGACCACCGCAUGUCGCCCGCCGUCGUCGCACAUGCAUGCCGACCUCCUCGUCUCCAGACUCGUACCCGAAAACCUACUCUGGGAGUUGAAUGCCGAGAAAAUGCGGAAAAUUUGAAGUAGCUGCUUGCUCCUAAUAGAAGCACUUUUGUAGACUCCCUUUGGUUAACCGUCUGCCCAUACUGACACGUCUGCUGCUUUUGAAUUUCUUUUACGUUUUUGUUUUUGAGCAUGUUGCAUCGGUGUCGUGUGCAUGGGGAAAGAUGGUGCCUGGUCUCUUGGUGGAUGUGGUUUAGUUCUGAACAAUGGAGUUUCGCUACAUCCGUACAGCAGACUAAAAGUGUGCUAUCUAAACAAACAUUUGGCUGUGUCUGUCGAGCUUCUGGUUUUCGAACAGCGCACGUGGAUGGGUGUUUUCCAUUCCCUCUAGGCCUGCAAACGUGCCCGCUUAGCAGACGUGCAGCGAGCACGCCGUUUACAUUUUCGGUCGGGCAGUGAGAUUUUCAGUUUUAGCUUUCACGUUCGAGCUGCGGCAAUGGCAGAAACCGACCCGUAGGUUCUAGCGCUGUCGGGCGAAGGCAGUCUCCUCCCGAACCUUUGCUAGUCGACGCCGGUCACAACAGAAAAAGGGAACAACGCUCACAUUUGUCCGCAGUGUCGCGAUACUCCCGCGCAAGUGUAGUUUCGAGCCGACAGGCCGCAAGCAAUGGCAGCUGGAUCCCGUCAGCUUAGGUGUCUCCCCUCGUUUUCCUCUGUACAGAAAUGUCUCGGUGUUGCCUGUCGGAGACCGCCGUCUCACCAGCUCGUGUAACACGUGGCACGUGCCACACUGAAAAGUGUAUCGCGGAUAUGCGUUCCACACUGUGCGAGGCCUGCAUCGUCACGGCAGACUAUGGGCUGCCAGGUGGCAACAGCAACCUUGUUUUGAAUGUUGACGUUUGAACGUUUCGAAACGUUGCAACGGUCGUCUUAGUCGUAAUUUCAGCGCGGUGUACAUAGGAUCGGCGAUUGGUAACAGGUAAAGGGAUCUGAGGAUGCAUAGCACCAUGUGUAAAGGUUAACACAGAAUCCACACGAAAACGUAGAAUUGCUUAGAAGCCCACCCGGGUGGCCCGCAGCGGCACGUGUUGGUGUUCGCAGGCAUAAGACGUGUGCUGGUUGUUGAGCGGGAAAUUUGUGGGAAAAGUCGUCCAAUUUCUCGACGCAUUCUACUUAGUUUUGAGACCUUUUUCUUUAUCGUUGCUUUUGGCGUAGCGCGCUCAAAGGGCAACGGCCGUGCAAUCCCGGCGCCGUGCCGCCAGUUGUUGCUUCCGCGACCACGCGCGGGACAAGCUUGUACUAUCUCCGGCGUCGUCGUGUGUAUUGGCGUCUCGUGCACGUGGGUUUCAGACUUCGCGACACUGUAUAUAUACAAUAGGAGAACGUGUAAAUGGGAGCACAACUCUACACGCCGUUUUUCGUGUUUCUUUUUAAACACCUGUAAGCACUGUGAGAAACAACAAGGCUUGGAAAAUGUAUAUCUGAACAAAGCUGUGUAUAAAAAAUGCAACAAAAGCAAUGUUACGCUGGUUAUGCUGUAUAAAGAAUAUAACUCGAAAUAAACUGUGUACUGCUGGUACAGAAACCCA